CUCAUGUGAGACACCUCCUGCGCGAGCCAGUCCGACGUUGCCUCUGCAGAGGAAAACGCAAUGGAGCCCUGAACAUUUUUUUUUGUUCAUUUAUAUCUCCUUUAACCCCCUGGAAAACAACACCCGUAUCCAAAUACUGCUCUACCCGCUGUUUAUUUGAAGCGUAACAGGGCGGUGCAACGAUGUGGAUCCAGGUUCGUACUAUAGACGGAAAGGAGACGCGAACCGUUGAGGAUCUUUCUAGAUUGACCAAAAUUGAGAUUUUACGGUUGAAAAUACAGGAUAUCUUCAAUGUAAGCCCGCGACAGCAGCGCCUGUUCUACAGAGGGAAGCAGAUGGAAGAUGGCCAGACACUGUUUGACUACAAUGUGGGUCUCAACGACAUCGUCCAGCUGCUGAUUCGCUCACAGACUGAUCCUCCAGACAGCCCCACCAACAAGGACUCCUCCGGUGUUGCCUGUAGUUCAGCUCCUCCCCCUGACCCCAGGUCGGACAGCCACAACUCCCCAGCUCCUGGUUCCCCUGCUGCUAUGGAAACCUCCACCAAUAUAGACAAUGACAGCAGCAGCGUCACUACCAGCACUGUUAACGAAACCAAGCCGGACACCAGCGCUACCAGUAACUCAGCCAGUACCAAAAAUGGGUUCAAGUCCUCCAGCCCGGCACGGGACACCCAGCCCCCCACAUCCAGCAGAAACACACUAGCCGACCCAGGAAUCGGUGUGUAUAAGAUUAACGAACUGGUGGACUGCAGAGACGUCAGCAUCGGUGCCUGGUUUGAGGCCUGCAUUGAAAAUGUGACACGCGCUCCCAAAGGACAGAUAACGCCCACCAAGGGCAAGGUGGGCCGGCCCCCAAAAAGGACUAAUGGAAAGCUGGAGGUCGAGCAGGGACAGGCCCACGGCCAGGGCCAAACCACAGACAGUAACAGGAAUAAUGUUGUGUUAAACUCAGAGAGUAAUGGAGCCUCAACCUCUCAGACAGACUCUACAGCAGAGAGCAAGGAGAGAGAAGAGGACGUAAUUUACCACAUUAAAUAUGACGACUACCCAGAGAACGGCGUGGUUGAGAUGCGAUGCGUGGAUGUGCGGCCACGUGCCAGGACCCUGCUGCGGUGGGACCAGCUCCAGGUGGGCAUGCACGUGAUGGUCAACUACAAUAUGGAGACACCAGAUGAGAGGGGCUUCUGGUUCGACGCUGAGGUUCAGACAGUCAGCCAAACCACCCGCACCAACAAGGAGCUCCGAGUCAAGAUCCUCCUGGGGGGUCCUGGAGAUGUAAUCGGGGACUGUAAAGUUCAGUUUCUGGAUGAAAUCUACCAGGUGGAGAAACCAGGAGCUCGUGCACUCUCAGCUGCAGAUGGACAAUUUAAACGGAAGAGUGGGCCAGAGUGUAAGCACUGCAAGGCUGACCCCGAAGCAGAGUGUCGCUUCUGCUCCUGCUGCGUGUGUGGUGGGAAGCAGGAUGCCCACAUGCAGCUGCUGUGUGAUGAGUGUAACAUGGCGUUUCACAUCUACUGCCUCAACCCGCCACUGGCCACCAUCCCGGAAGACGAGGACUGGUACUGUCCCACCUGUAAGAACGACACCAGUGAGGUUGUUAAGGCUGGAGAGAAGCUCAAAGCCAGCAAGAAGAAAGCCAAGAUGCCUUCGGCAACAACUGAGAGUCAAAGGGACUGGGGAAAGGGUAUGGCCUGUGUGGGGCGUACCAAGGAGUGCACAAUUGUUCCAUCAAACCACUACGGACCCAUACCCGGUAUUCCUGUUGGAACCACCUGGAAAUUCAGAGUUCAGGUGAGUGAGGCAGGUGUUCACAGGCCACAUGUCGGUGGUAUCCACGGACGGAGUAACGAUGGCUCCUAUUCGCUGGUGUUGGCUGGGGGCUUUGAGGAUGAAGUGGACCGGGGAGAUGAGUUCACCUACACGGGCAGCGGGGGUCGUGACCUCUCAGGAAACAAACGGAUCGGAGAGCACUCUUUUGACCAGACCCUGACACACAUGAACAGGGCAUUGGCUUUAAACUGCGAUGCACCUCUGAAUGACAAAGACGGGGCAGAAUCGAGGAACUGGCGGGCAGGAAAGCCAGUGAGAGUGGUGCGCAGCUCCAAAGGGCGACGCAUCAGCAAAUACGCUCCUGAGGAGGGAAACCGCUAUGAUGGUAUAUACAAGGUGGUAAAGUACUGGCCAGAGAUUGGAAAGUGUGGUUACCUUGUGUGGCGGUACCUGCUGAGACGGGACGAUUUGGAACCAGCACCAUGGACACCCGAAGGACUGGAGAGGAUCAAAAAGCUGGGCCUUGCUGUUCAGUACCCGCCAGGCUACUUGGCAGCCAUGGCUAACAAAACAAAGAAGGAGGCCUGUGCCAGACCAGGUCGCGGCGGCCGGAGUAAGCACUAUCCCGGCAGGGGGAGGCCACGGAGACACCGCAAGAUCAAGGAGAAAGAGGAGAAUGGCGAGGAAGAGGAAGAGGAGGAGGAGGAGGAGCAGCAGCAGCAGCAGCAGCCAAUGGCCAGUAUGGAUGAAGAAGAGCCACAGAGUAAUGGAGAGCAGAAGACAACCAGAGAUAGUGAGCCGUCACCGGUGGCAGAGCCUCCCUGUAAACGGGUGAAGAUAGAGGAGACCUUCCAGCUGUCAGAGCAGCAGCAGCAGUUGAUCCAGAAGGACACAGCCAACAAGAAACUCUGGGAUGAAGCCAUGGGAAACCUUAAAGAGGGACCGAAUUUCCUGCGCAAGAUGGAGCAAAUCUUCAUGUGUGUGUGCUGCCAGGAGCUGGCCUUCCAACCCAUCACCACUGUCUGCUCACAUAACGUUUGCAAGACUUGUCUCCAGCGGUCGUUCCGAGCAAAGGUGUACACCUGCCCUGCCUGCCGCCACGACCUGGGCAAAGACUACGUCAUGACCCAAAACGUGACGCUCCAGCUGUUGCUCGACCAGUUCUUUCCCGGCUACAGCAAGGGCCGAUGAGGUCAAAAUCACGUUUAUAAGUAGAAUACGUACAUACACGCACAUAAGCAUCCAUUCUGUGCACCCACGUAUACCGGCGAGAACCUAGAGCUCCACUUUAAAACGCAUUGCGCACACAUACUGUACUUACCCACGGGCAAAUGUAUAUUGCAUAUACAGCCAUUUAUGUAUACAAUCAUUCAUACACAAACAACCUCAGUAGGGACUGACCUCAUCUGUUGAACUUGGACCGUCUCCAUUAACAUCACCAGCCUGAAUUUCAAGAAAAUUUUUAAACCUCCCUACUCCUGCCACACAAACGCACACAAAGACAAACGCACAAAAGGAGCCCCCAAUUCACACCCACUAGCCACCUCAAGAUAUUAGCUCUCUUUUUUUUGGUUUGCCCUUCCACUGUGUUGUCCGUUGGUUCAACAAAUUGAUAUACAGCACAUUGUUUGAGUGGAAAUUUAAUUAUCCAUUAGACUCCUGCCAACCUGUGCACAUUUUGUGUACCAUGUACGCAGUUUUACACCAACAUACUCAGCUGAGAUGCAUCAUAUAUGGUAUGUGCAGUAUUUUACUCAGCUGGCAGAUAAAGGUGCUAGUUUAAUACAGUGAUUUUUAGGCACAGCAGGACAGACAAUUUUAAGGUAACCACCCCUGCAUAGCAUUCAAUGUGAGCAAGUAGGUCAUGUGACCCACUGACAGUCAAGAAUUUACAUUUAUUAAUCUAUGGAAAUGAAGCACACAGUGUUUUAUGCCCUUGAAGCACUUUAUCAAUGACAUGUGCGGCAGACUUAUUUUGUAUGUUAAUCAGGAGCACAUGCUAGCAUCCUGCUAGCUGCUCAUGUCACUUGGAAUAAUGCCAUCGCCAUGCCUUGAGCUAAUAAGAAUAGCAAAUGUCUCGCCAGAGAAAACUGUCAGUGCAUUUGCAGAGAACAGAAAUUGGCAGCUGUCUCCGGUUUGUUUGAGAGUGUCAGGAGAUUUCUGAGCAGCAAUCUUGCAUACUUGGUGAACACAACAAUGAUCAACAGGCACAACUCUCUCCUUAGAUUUUAUGUGGAGUCCAAAAAAAAAAUAAA